CGGAGCGUGCGUAUUGGCUGAGGCUGAGCAGCUCUCUGUGCCAAGUAGGUGGGCCUUGUGCGCGUUGGCACAGACUCAGUCAAUGGUUAGAGAAGGAAAGUGGAGAGGAACAGAGAGAAAGAGAGAGACAGUUGGAGAGAAAGAGGGGGGAAAAGAAAGAAGACUGCAGCCCGGGUUUGCCAGCGGUCGUACACUCUUCCAACAUUGAUUCGAGUCCUCUUGUUUUUUUUCUCUUCUUCUCCUCCGACCUGCUCCCCCCUCCCUCUCUUCUUCCGACUCUCAGUUUCUCUCUCUAUCCGUGAGUCUUACUUAGCCUACAGAUCUGAACCAGUACCACCAUACUACUGCUUUGCCAAAGCAUUUUUGUUUUGUUUUUGGCCCCCAAAAUGUUUUUCCUUUUUUGAAAGCGAACAAAGAAGCGAUUUCAUUUAACAUUUUUAAACUCAUCUCAUUGCUUUAUUUAAAUUGUAUCAUAUUUUAUUACACGCAUACAACCUUUGUUGUUGUUUUGUAAUUCACUUUUUAACUUUCCCUCCACCCUCCACCCUCUCUCUCUCUCUCCGGUGUUGUUGAACACCACCUGGUUUAGCAUCUCUUCUGCCACAGUACCUCCUGUGUUUCUGUGCUGGUACUACACCAUCCUCACCCCCUCCUUUGCCUCUCCUUCAUUCUUGACUUUGUUUUUCUUCUUCUUGCAUUUAUUGGACAAUUUCUGCAGCUUUCCUCCGUUUUUUUCCCCUCCUGCCUUUCUUCUUCAUUUGUUUUGUAAUUUGUAACAUACUGUAGUUGCGGAAGUUGUUGUGUAUUGACUCAGUAAACCAGUAUCGAACUGGUAAUACUGUUUUGUCUGGCGCAGUGAAUUUAUCAUGAGACAGCGAAAUGGAUGAAUUCCACCCGUUCAUCGAGGCCCUGCUGCCCCACGUCCGAGCCUUCUCCUACACAUGGUUCAACCUGCAGGCCCGCAAGCGCAAGUACUUCAAGAAGCACGAGAAGAAGAUGUCCAAGGAGGAAGAGCGUGCAGUCAAAGAUGAACUGCUGGGAGAAAAAUCCGAGAUCAAACAGAAAUGGGCGUCGAGGCUCCUCGCCAAGCUCCGCAAGGACAUCCGGCCAGAGUUCCGGGAGGACUUUGUCCUCACCAUCACCGGGAAGAAAGCCCCCUGCUGCGUCCUCUCCAACCCCGACCAGAAGGGUAAGAUCAGGAGGAUCGACUGCCUGCGCCAGGCCGACAAGGUGUGGAGGCUGGACCUGGUCAUGGUCAUCCUGUUCAAGGGCAGCCCACUGGAGAGCACGGACGGAGAGCGGCUGGCCAAGUCGCCCCAGUGCUCCAACCACGGCCUGUGUGUCCAGCCGCAUCACAUCGGUGUCUCCGUCAAAGAGCUGGAUCUCUACCUGGCCUACUUCGUCCAGGCACCAGGAAGGCCCGUUGGUUGCUGCUGGGAUUCUCUGGGGUUGGCCUGGGACCAGGAUGUUGUGAGCGGUGUGUGUAUGUCCUCUCAGGCCGCAAGCUGCCUCCUCUUCUCCGUCUGCCUGAUGAGCGCCAGCACCGCACCGAGCCUGGCUGCCAAACACCGUCUCAGCCACCGCCGCCACCGCCGUAUAGAAACACACACACACACACAGUCAACGCCGCACACCCACAAAGCCAAACAUAGUCUAGGCUGCACACACACAAAGCCUAACACCGUUUCAGUCGCCAUUGCACACACACGCACUCGUACAUACAGCCAAACAUAGUAUCAGUCGCUGUCGCACACA